AUGUCGGAAGAAAGAAAAUUCAAAUUUGCCAAGCUUAGGUUGACACGACAUGCAAGGUUAUACUGGAGAAAUAUUGAGAGGAUCACUAGGCAAAGAGAAGAACUACCUAUCAAUACAUGGAGACAGAUGAAAAUUAAGCUAAGAGAGAAAUACGUCCCAUUAUCCUACGAACAGAGGUUACUAGAUCAAUGGCAAAGAUUAAAUCAAGGAGGGAAAACUGUAUCUGAGUACAUUGCCAAAUUUGAUGAGUUCGCUAUGAGGUGCAACAUAGUCGAGUCAGAAGCCGUAACCCUAUCUAGGUUUAGAGCUGGUCUUAAGGAGGACAUUCAAAGGGAAUUGUUCUUAAGGGAAAUUCAUGAUUUAGACCAAGCCUACCAGAUUGCCAGAGACUGCGAACGAUUCCAGAGGGGACCCAUUUUUCGACGACCUGAACCCAAUAGGAUUAGCAACCCUGGAAGCAGGCCAAACCCAAGUUCAAACCCAUCACACAGACCCAAUCCUAUCACUCCACAGGCUCGUAGGGACGACAAAGGAAAAGCCCCUGAAGGUAGAAAGGAAAAUAAUGUCCCUUGUUUUAGGUGUCAUAAAAUAGGACAUUAUGCAAGCCAAUGCCCCACUAGAGCGUUACACAUAGGAGAAGUAGAAGAAGAAGAUCCUGAGACCCUAGAGAAUUAUGGAGAAGAAGUCUACGAAGCAGAGACCAAUUUGGUAGAUGAAUAUGAAGAAGAGGAAGAAAUCAUUGAGACGUCUGAAUUUCUAGGAGUUGUGAGAUGUAUAUUGACCCAGGCUAAAGAACAAGAAGAUUGGUGUAGGACCAACAUCCUACAAACCUUUAUCAAAAUAGGAGAAAAAGCCUGCAAAAUCAUCUUAGAUAGUGGAAGCUGUGUCAAUGCCAUAUCAACCAACACCAUCAAGAGUUUAGGGUUGCCUACCAUACCCCAUCCCGAUCCCUAUAAGGUAUCUUGGAUAAAUUCGACCUCAAUACCCAUUAAACUUAGAUGCCAAGUCCAGAUACAAUUCCAAUCCUAUCAGGAGAAGGUAUGGUGUGAUGUCCUUCCUAUGGGAGUAAGUAGCAUUAUCCUAGGCAGACCAUGGCUAUACGAUCAUGAUGCUACCCUGUUUGGACGAUCAAAUUCAUGUUCCUUCAAUCAUAAUGGAAAGAAAAUUGUAGUUCACCCUACCCCACCUAAGGACAACAUUAAGAGGGGAGCUAGUAGUAGUCUGAAGGAAAAGAAACCUGGAUUGAACCUAAUCAAUGCUAAGGAAUUAGAGCAAGAGAUCAAUGAAGGUUCACCCAUUUGGAUGUUGGCUGUUAAGGAGAGCCUGGACCAAACCCCAGUAGCACACCCUCAAGAAGUGGUUGAAAUCUUAGAGGAGUUCAAAGAUAUAUUUCCUAAAGAUCUUCCUGACAACCUACCACCUUUAAGGGACAUUCAGCAUGCCAUAGACCUAGUUCCAGGAGCCACCUUGCCCAAUCUACCCCAUUAUAGGAUGAAUCCUUCAGAGCACCAAGAAUUGCAAAAGCAAGUUGGCGAGUUACUUAGGAAAGGGUUCAUUAGGGAGAGUUUAAGUCCUUGUGCAGUACCUGCCCUUCUGACCCCUAAGAAAGAUGGCACUUGGAGAAUGUGUGUAGAUAGUCGUGCCAUCAAUAAGAUUACCGUCAAAUACCGUUUUCCUAUUUUCCGUCUAGACGACAUGUUAGAUAUGAUGGCCGGAGCCACGGUAUUCUCCAAAAUCGAUCUUAAGAGUGGCUAUCAUCAAGUAAGAGUUAGGCGAAUGGAAAACCGCCUUUAA